AUUACCCACUUAGUUCCCCAAAUGAACCCUCGCCAAAACGACCCCCCGUACUUCUAGGGUUUUCCGCACACUUCUCGACCUCAAAAUCCUCCAACCAGACGGAAUCAAUGGCGUCCAGGGUUUCUUCAAAGGGGAAGGGCAAAACCGGCAAGGGCUCAAGAGACUCCGACGGCGGCGGUGGAUACGGAAAGUGCGUGAAGGAGUGGACCACGUGGGCGAUGAAGAAGGCGAAGGUGGUGACCCACUACGGCUUCAUCCCUCUAAUCAUCGUCAUCGGUAUGAACUCCGAGCCCAAGCCCACGCUCUCUCAGCUCCUGAGCCCGGUCUGAUUCUGUCGUCCUCGGAUUUCUAGGGUUUCAUCUUUCUCUUUGAUGUUUUGGUACUCGGUAUAAGAAUUUGGGGCCUGUGAUCGUCAGAUCAUAAUGGUUUUUUUUUUCAUUUCUUGCGAUGGCUUAAGUAGUUAGCUUGGUGUUAUAACUUGUCAUGUUUGAUCCUCUCUUAUGCAUUUCUCAUAAAGUUGGCAUCUGAGUAUAUUGGAUUCUUAAUGUUUGUCUUUUA